AUGUCUGCUUCGUGUAUUGUAACGCAGCCUGUUAUCAUAGACUUUGAUGUUUUCUCUCUGUGGCUCAAAGGCUAUACAAUCGAUGAAACCGUCAAGCAUCGACUGAACAGAGAACAGGGAUUAGCUAAUAGAUCUCAAGCUCGAAUAGAUCAAAAGCUAAUUAUUGCAGAUACAUUAGACUGCUAUCGAUUGUUCAAUGUAAUUGAGGACAAAUAUUUAAAAAAUCCAUCAUCUCUGGCAAAUCAAAUAAUGUUUGAUUUGCCACCCGAUAUCCAAAACAAGCUCAUACAAGAAUACUACAGCUUCGACAAAGCAUUCGCCCGAGAAUUACUUGGUAAGAAAUUAUCUUCACGUUUACGUAAAGAUGUAGAUGAAAUUGGAGAGAAGGCCAGAGUUUUAUCACGCAGUUGUCGACGACAAUUGGAUAAUUUUAGGAGAGUCUUUAAAGCGGUUGAAGAUCUUGAUGGCUCUCUGCCUGGCAACAUUCAAUCUCAAUUCCUCUUAUCUGAUAAAUUAACCAAGUUAGAUCGUAAAUUCUUACACAUAAAAGAUGGUGAUAUAGAAAUUGAUAAGACGUUUAUUCAAGAUUUGCGUGAUCUGAAGUCAGUAACGAAUGAUAACAUUGAGCAACAUCGAACACUAUUGCUAGCUAAAUUAAGUGGAAAAGUAAAAGAAGAUUCACUCCUAUCAAUCGGCUCACACUUCAAGGCGAUGAUGAGAGCAACCCUAAAUAUCGCUACCGGAUUAGUUCACAGUAAAGAAUGGAAAGAUAUCUAUAAUAACAUGGUUGAAAAGGUUAUAGAAAUACUGAGACAUAUGCGAAUCGACCAAGAACAAAGCGAGUUAAUCCUUAAUGCAUUUUCGGAAACAGCUGCUGAUGUAACACUGUCAAAGCAUUUAUCUAACAUCUAUUAUCGAUAUCUAAAAGUUUUUGGAUUUUGCUUAAUUCAAUUAUACCCAUAG